GAUAACAGCUGAGAUGCGGUCAUUCUCAGUCGUUUUUCUGUUUGUACGCUGUUGGAGCAGCGCGGUGAUAUUUUAUUUGAAGAUAUAAUAUGUCCGGUGUAAUUAGCGGCAAAAACUUAUUGCGGCCUAACAGCCUGCAAUGCAAGAACCUGCACGAGUAUUUGAAAUCGCGUUCCCACGACACUCUAAACAAAUUGUAUCACAAGCCGCCGAUAUGUCUGGCCGUGUUUCGCGAGUUGCCGGAAAUCGCCAAGCACUAUGUGAUGAGAUUGUUGUUCGUUGAACAACCGGUGCCACAAGCGGUGAUAGCGUCAUGGUGUUCGAAACUUUACUUCGAGGAGCAUCAGAAGGUGGUGCAGGUCUUGAACGAACUUUACGUGUGGAAGGAAGCGUCCAUACCCGGAGGAUUACCGGGAUGGAUACUGAACAACACGUUCAAAAAGAAUCUGAAGAUCGUGCUGUUGGGAGGCGGGAAACCGUGGACCAUGUCGAAUCAGCUGGAAACCGACAGCAAGCCGCGAGACGUAGCUUUCCUGGAUUCUUACGCGCUAGAGAGAUGGGAAUGUGUGUUGCACUAUAUGGUUGGUUCCCAGCAGCAAGAGGGUAUUUCUGCGGAUGCUGUGCGAAUUCUUUUGCAUGCUGGUUUAAUGAAGAGAGAUGAAGCCGAUGGAAGUCCAGUUAUCACACAAGCUGGUUUUCAGUUUUUGCUGUUAGAUACAGCUUCGCAAGUGUGGUAUUUUAUCCUGCAGUACCUUGACACAAUUGAAGCACGUGGUCUUGACUUAGCCGAGUGUCUCACCUUCUUGUUUCAAUUGAAUUUUUCUACCCUCGGUAAAGAUUACAGUACCGAAGGCAUGUCGGAGGGACUCUUGACGUUCUUGCAGCACUUGAGAGAAUUUGGACUGGUAUAUCAAAGAAAGCGCAAGGCAGGCAGGUUUUAUCCCACUCGACUAGCGUUAAAUAUCGCAACUGGCAAGAACAAGACUUUAACUAGAGAUACGGACAAAGAAGGUUACAUAGUUGUGGAAACGAAUUAUCGAGUGUACGCGUACACAAAUUCCAAUUUACAAGUAGCCUUACUUGGACUUUUCUGUGAAAUGUUGUACAGGUUUCCGGAUUUAGUUGUGUCAAUAUUAACAAGAGAUUCCGUAAGGCAAGCACUGAAGAGUGGAAUAACUGCGUCUCAAAUAGUAGGUUAUUUGCAGCAACACGCGCACGGUAAAAUGAUAGAAACAGGACUGCCGAUAUUACCGCCUACUGUAGUGGAUCAAAUCAAGCUUUGGGAGAACGAAAGAAAUAGGUUUAUAUUCAGUGAGGGAGUUUUGUACAGUCAGUUUCUAUCACAAACCGACUUCGAAGUUCUCAGAGACCAUGCGCUCUCAACUGGAGUAUUAAUCUGGCAAAGUGAAAGGAAAAGAACUAUGGUAGUCACCAAAGCGGGUCACGAUGACGUGAAGAAGUUCUGGAAACGAUACUCAAAAGGCGCGAGUUAAUAAUCGACUGUGGAAUCUAAUCAAAUUAGAUUAUAUCUUUCUACUCUUUGUUAUAUUUCUUAAUUUUUGAUAUUCCCCGCGAUUAUAAUUAAAAUAUCAAGUGCCUAAGAGAAAGGAA